AUGGCGCAGAUGAUGAACGAGAACGUCGAGUGGUUUGAUAGCGAGCUGGAAGACAGUCCGCGCUCGAAUGACGACAUUAUCAGUAUGUUUAGUAGUAGUCCCAACGCCAAGGACACUGGUCGGCCAAAGAACAACCAGCAAAUGCAGCGCCCGGCUGCUGUGUCGUAUGCUGGUUCGGAGGACGUGGAGAAUGUGGAGGAUGACAUGAGCUCGUUCUAUGGCACUAACUUUGCUCCACAGCCCGAGAAUUACCGCCUGCCUGCCAAGUCUGUAGGGCAGCAGCGCUUUCAGGACGUGCCCAUCGGGCUCGUCGCCGACCAGGGCGUAGCUGCUAAGCGCGUGCUCAUCCGCCGUAUCCACCAGGAGACCAUGACGCAGCUGGGUAUGGGCUGCCAGGCUGUGCUGGUUCGUGGCGCCUCGGGUAGCUAUUACGUGUAUCACUUGGAAAUUACUAGCGACUAUUACAAGCAGAAGUGGGUCGUGUGCAAACGUUACUCGGAAUUUUAUCGCCUUCGCAAGCGACUGUUGGCCCUUCUUGCAACGCACAAGAAGCAGAAAGGAUGUUCAGUAUGUGGCGAGGUACGCGAUAAACUUAAGGACGUGGGCUUUCCUCGUCGCAUUGUCAUGUUUAAAGACCCAUCGGCCCUUGUAGGCAGACGAACAGCCGGACUUGAGGAGUUCAUUGUCGCUCUUUGCGAGUACCUUUCUGCCGAGCAGGAGGUGGAAGUAUGCAAUGAAAUUGCGUCCACGCGAUUUCUGGUUAAGGAGUUUUUGCACUUUCCGCUCGAUCACGAGCGGCAGCAUGUCCGAUCCAUCCGGCAGCUCAAGUACGUUGACCCACGCGAUGUCCAUGUGGACUCAGACUCCUGUCCUAUAUGUCUCUGCGAAUGGGCCGAGCUCGACGGCAACCAGCUCGUGCUUUCGCCAUGCGGACACUUUUUCCACGAGCACUGCAUAAACGAGUGGUACCGCACUCGCUUUGACUGUCCCAUUUGCCGUACGAUCUCGGGCGAAGACGAGAACAAUAACAAUUACUAA